AUGAGCGGACUCGCAGGAGCAACCAGAGCUGCGGCUCAAGCUAGCCGGGUCGCCAUCGUGACAGGCUCCUCGCGGGGCAUAGGUCGCGCCAUCGCCCUCCGCAUCGCCCGCGACGGCUACGACGUCUGUAUAAACGACAUCGCCGCCAACGAGGCAGGUUCCCAUGAAGUCGCGAAGCAGAUCCGCGAUCUCGGCCGUCGCUCCGUCGUCGCUACCGCCGACGUGAGGAAGCUGGGUGAGGUGCAGGCCAUGAUUGACAAGACUGUUGGCGAGUUAGGGCCGUUGAAUACCAUGAUCGCGAACGCUGGCAUUGCCCAGGUAAAGCCACUUCUCGACAUCACAGAGGAGGAAUUCGAAAACAUGUUCCGCGUCAACGUCUUUGGCGUGCAAAACUGCUACCAGGCUGCCGCGAAACAACUCAUCAAGCAGGGCAAUUGCAAGCCUGAAACUCCAGGGAAAAUCAUUGGCUGCUCCUCCAUAGUAGGCUUCAAACCAUUCGCCCUCCUCUCACACUACUCCGCCUCCAAAUGGGCCGUCCGCGGCCUCACGCAGGCCUCGGCCAUGGAAUACGCCGAGCACAAUAUCACCGUCAACGCCUACGCUCCGGGUAUCGUCGGCACGGCCAUGUGGGACUUGAUUGACGAGAAGCUAGGCGAGAAGACGGGCGCGAAGAAGGGCGACACGAUUAAGAAGUACACGAGCGAGUUGAUUGCGCAGAAGAGGACGAGCGUGCCGGAGGACGUGGCCAAGUUGGUGAGCUUUUUGGCGGGGCCGGAUAGUGAUCAUGUGACGGGGCAGACGCAAAUCGUGGAUGGGGGGAUUAUUUACACUUGAUGGAGAGGUAAUGAGUGCCUUGGAAUUUAUUUCUUUGUUUGGAUAUCGCAUGAUGAGUGAAAGGCAUUGGUGUCUCGGUGUUCGGGUUGAUCAGGCCAUCGUGAGCUGUGCCACAAGCUUCGGGUGAAAAGGGGGCCGGGUGAGGGAGCUACCCCGGCUCAGAGACAGCGCACUGUGAGGAUGUCCCGCUUUAAACACGAGCUCUUAUCGAUAUUCGAGGCGUCUAUUUGUCAAAGCCUCGGACGGGCUAUCUUCUCGUCAUUUUCACUAAGCGUGGACUGAGUAGAGAGUAUUCGUUGUGUAUCUCGAGACUAUUGAAUAUGACAUGAU